AUAAUACAUACAUGCGCGUAUACACACAUCUAUAGUUCACGUCAACAACAAUAAUAAAGUCAGUGAUUAGUCUUUUUUUUUUUCAAACUUAAACAUCAAUAGAAUGUUAUUGUUAAUAUCAUUUGUGCUGAAUUCUUUCAAAUCAAUACACAUUAAUUCCAAAUAAAAUUCGUUAAAAUUUGUUUGCUGUUUUGUUAUGCAUGUGAAGUGAUUGCAUCGUCCAUUUUUUUGUCUCCGAAAUAUAAAGGGUGUUCGAUCAUAAAAUAAAACAUUUAUUUGUCAUAAAAAACUAUCAUUUCAAUUUAAGAAAUAAAACUGAUUUGGACCGUAUAAUCGAAUAAUAUUUGUGCCAAAAUGACAACAACAGUACGACCUGGACCAGUAUCAACACUUCAGACAAUGAACGAUAAGCUUGGUGCAGUUCAAGUAUCUGAAAAAUCACUUGCCGGCGUGCCACAACUUUUGGUCGAUUUGCAACGUUUGUCGGAAGAUCAAGAAACGGCCGAUAUUAUAUUCCUGGUGGAUCGAGAGGAAGAGCGUAUCUAUGCUCAUAGAAUUAUACUACAAGCUAGAUGUAGAAGUUUUCAGACAACAAAAAGAGAUGAAAUUUGUCGCAUUCCUGGAUGUACUGUUUCACCAACUGUUUCUGGCAAUCCAACACAAAUUCGCCUGCCACACAUAAAUGCAAAUGUAUUCCGUCAAUUUAUUCUGUACGCUUACACUGGAAAGAUUAUAUUUCAAGAUGCUCGUGUUUUUGAACUUAUGAUAUUGGCACAGGAUAUUGGUAUCGAUGAGUUAAAGGCGGCCUGUGAGGAUUAUGUUGUUUCCACAUUGUCAGUUACAAAUGCUUGCACCUAUUUGGCUGCCGUUAUGGAAAUUCAAGAGAAAUCUUCAAAUGCAAAGUGUACGUCUUCACUUUUGGAACGAUGCACAUCAUACAUUGGCGAAAAUGCAACCGAAUGUGUAAAAACCAGUUCAUUUUUGAAUUUACCGAAAGACGGCAUCAUUAAACUGAUUUCAUCGGACUAUUUUUGUUUAGAAGAAGAAGAUGUUUGGCGAUGUGUUUUAUCGUGGGCAAAACAUAAGGCUGGUGUAAUGGCAUCUUUGCUUCCCGGCCGUUGGACGGAAGAAGAACGAACCAGAGUAUGUCAACAUUUGGCUGGUGUCAUAAAUCAUGUUCGUUUACUUCUAAUCGAUAGUCAAGUAUUUGCUGAAGAGGUUGAACCAACGGGUGCUGUACCAAUGGAACUGUCGCUUGAACGAUAUCGACAUGCUGCACUUCAAACCAGUAGCAAAGCGCCAUUCUUUAUAAAUUCAACGGCACUUGGUUCUGUACAAAUGUCAUCAAACGUUCCAUCGAUGUGCAACAAUAAUUCAAAUUCCGGUGCAAAUGGAAUGGGCAUCACUUCUUUUGGUGAUAAUGAUAAACGAUUACAGCCACGUCUUCUUCAAAAUCUAUUUCCGGGUUCAUCGAUUCUGAAAAACGAUAAAUUACAUUUGCAAACGACAUUGAAUGCAUGGUACGGCGUACCAAAGCAAAAUUGGCGUCUUGUAUUCCGUGCAUCGACCAAUGGUUUUUCAGCCAGUGCCUUCCAUCGCUAUUGUGAUGGCGUUGCUCCGGCAUUUGUUAUUGCACAAAGUUCACGUGGAGAGAUAAGCGGCGGUUUCACCGAUGUACCGUGGGCAAAGACAAAUCGUAAAGGCGGCUACAUUCAUUCAGAACGAUCAUUCUUAUUCACUUUGUACAGUGAACAGGAGCCACCAACAAAAUAUGACAUUAUCAAAAAACCGUAUGCCAUAUGCUACCAUCCAGAAGUUGGGCCAAUUUUUGGUGCAGGAGCCGAUUUACAAAUUGCAAACGCAUGCAACAGUAGCAUGGAUUCGUAUUCAAAUCUGCCACAUUCAUAUGAUGGAGGUAAUAAUGCCAGCUCGUCCAGCCUUUUUGGUGACUACAAUUUCACAAUUACUGAAUAUGAAGUGUACACAUUAUCGGCACCGAGUCCUCCAGUCAAUAAGUUAAAAACCGAUCGCCUUUAAAUUGAUUAAGUAUAUGGACUUGCAUACAUUUCAUUAAAUUUCAUUUGAAAACAAUUUACAAAUUAAAAUCUAGAUAUAUUCUUUAAUAUAUAAAGACUAUUAAACAAUUAUUUUUAGCAACGAA